AUGGUCAUGGACGCGAUGCUGAAGUCGCGCCCCAUCUCGCACGACCUGACACAGCGUGCAGUCAAUAAGCUUAUCGAGGUCGGGUAUCAUGAUAUACGGAAACUAGGGGAGAGCAGCUGGGAGGAGAGAACUAUGGUUCUCAAGGAUGGGGGAUAUAAUCGCUAUCGGGAGCAAGGUGCAACGAAUCUAGGCGAUUUGGCAGAGUUCGUCAAUGAGAAGUACGAUGGUGAUCUUAACAAUCUCCUGAAGAAAGCCCAUAACGACCGAGACGAAACGAGAAAGUUGAUCAAGGAGAUCAAAGGACUUGGCGACCUGGGCGUAGACCUCUUUUUCAACAAUGCCCAGGCUGUGUGGCCUUCCCUUGCACCUUUCAUUGAUGGGCGCAGUUUGGAAACUGCUGAUAAUGUCGGUCUUGGUACGGAUUUGGACGCUAUCUACGCCGAUUUAGGACGCGACGCCAUGAAUAUGAGCCGACUAGCCAAUGGAUUUCGAAUUGUUAACAUCGCCGUCGGCGUGUUGAUGGUCCUCGGUGGUAUCUCGCAGUUCUUCCCUCCGUCUAUGAGCUCCAUCAUCGUCGGCAUCUACGUGAUUCUCUUUGGUCUCAUUGUCGGUGGAUUGGAAUUCCUGCCCAACGUUCCCGAUUACGUUUACCGCUACGCGUCCUUCCUCUUCUCCUUCCUGGGACGUGGUGCUUUCUACAUCUUCGUUGGAUGUAUCCUGCUGCACGAUCACGUUUUGCGGUACAUUGCCGGCUCCAUCAUCGGAUUCAUCGGCCUGGGCUACCUCGCCCUGGAGUUCAUUCCGUCCAUCGAGCCCCCUUCCAACAUGCGUGAGAACGACCAGGGUUGGGGCGCCGAGCAGGUCUAA